AUGGAUCCUUCCAAGGUCAAGAUUCCGCCCAUGAAAAACCUCACGGUUGACAACAUCACCGAGAAUGUGAUCACGAUCAAUUCGCUCUGCGAAGACGAGCGCAUGAAAUACGUGCUCGAGCGCCUCGUCACGCACCUCCACGACUUCGCCCGCGAAACCCGCCUCAGCAGCGACGAAUGGAUGACCGGCCUCCGCUUCUUGACCGAAGUAGGCCAGAUCUGCACCGACGUGCGUCAGGAAUUCAUCCUCCUCUCCGACGUCCUGGGCCUUUCGAUUCUCGUCGACUCAAUCGACCACCCCAAGCCACCGGGCUCCACCGAGGGCACCGUGCUAGGCCCCUUCCACACCCACGAUGCCGAGGAGAUGCCCGCCGGUGACUCCAUGUCGCACGACCCCAAGGGCGAGCCCCUGCUGGUCGUAUGUAAUCUGCGUGAUACCGAGGGUAAGCCUAUUGAGAACGUCAAGAUUGAUAUCUGGGAGACCGAUUCCACGGGCCACUAUGAUGUGCAGUAUGCAGGGCGCGAGGGGCCCGAUGGGCGCUGCAUUAUGCGCUCGGAUAAGGAGGGCGUUUUCUGGUUCCAUGCUAUCACGCCCGUGCCGUACCCGAUUCCCCAUGACGGGCCUGUGGGCAGGCUGUUGGAGAAGUUGCAUCGUCAUCCCUUCCGCCCGUCGCAUAUGCACUUUAUGUUCCAGAAGGAAGGUUACGAUCACUUGAUUACUGCCCUCUACCUCCGCAAUGACCCUUAUGAAACCUCCGAUGCCGUCUUCGGUGUCAAGGAUUCCCUCACCGUGGAUAUUGGCAAGGCUGGGCCUGAAAUCGCCAAGAAAUAUAACGUCCCCGAGGGCCACGCCCUGCUUACCUAUGACUUUGUGCUCGUGUCGGAUGCCGAGACGAGCGAGCUGCGCGCGAAGAACUCCAAGGUUGCGCUGGAUGCUCUUGGUCGGAAAGUGAAGAUCGUGAAUGGACUGCCUGUGCCGGAUCUCGAUUAA